AGGGAAGUGAUAGUAUACCUUGGAUCGUUGCCAACUCUUGGUCAACUCUGACGACAUGGUGUGCACACCAAACUGACCAAUAAUUAGGUCGUAAAGGAACCAAAGGAAACCGUAGCUACUUUGUCUCUCACUCUGGAUCUGCCCAUGACAUGUUUGUGUAGAGAUCCUGCUGUAUGCCCAGCUGAAAGGAAUACUGAUCAGUUUGUUGUUGCUGGGAGCAACUCUUGGGGGAGGGGGCUUUGUGAUGGCGGGGGAAUUCCUGAAAGGGAACAGCCUCGAGACCCCUGGUCAAGAAAAUAGUCUGGCUAAAAAGACUCAGCUGUUGGAUCGUGGCCAAUGGGCAAACAAGUUGGAGUUCUUGCUGGCUGUUGCAGGAACCCUGGUUGGGCUUGGAAACCUCUGGAGGUUCCCCUAUUUGUGCUACAAAAAUGGGGGAGGCGCAUUUCUGGUUCCAUACGUCUUGUUCCUUCUUUCUUGUGGUAUCCCAAUGUUCCUCCUGGAGACGGCCAUGGGACAGUUCACAUCUCAAGGGUGCAUUACAUGCUGGAGGCACUUCUGCCCCCUUUUUGAAGGGAUUGGUUAUGCUACCCAGGUUGUGAUUGCCUACGCUGCGGUAUCAUACAUCGUCAUCCAGGCAUGGGCUUUCUUCUACCUCUUCUCAUCCUUCAGGGCUGAGGUUCCAUGGGCCAGUUGCAGGAACCCCUGGAACACAGAAACUUGUGUUGAAUUUGAUAGAAGAAACGUAUCGUCUAACUGGACAGCAGCUGCAAACGCAACAACGCCUGCGACAGAAUUCUGGGAGAGGCGAGUUCUGGGUAUAUCCGGAGGGAUUGAGGAGGUCGGUAGUCUAAGGUGGGAGUUGGCUUUGUGUCUCUUACUGGCAUGGGUCCUGUGCUACUUCUGUGUUUGGAAAGGAGUGAGAUCCACUGGAAAGGUGGUUUACUUUACAGCCACUUUCCCCUAUGUAAUGCUUAUUGUUCUAUUGGCCCGUGGACUCACUUUACCAGGAGCCAUGGACGGAUUAGCCUUCUACCUGUAUCCUGACCCGACAAGGUUGGUGGACCCUCAAGUUUGGAUGGAUGCAGGUGCACAAGUUCUUUUCUCUUUUGGGAUUUGUCAGGGGAGUUUGACAGCUCUUGGCAGUUACAAUCAGUAUAACAAUGAUUGUUACAAGGACACAUUUGUUCUGUGUUUGGUGAAUGGCGGGUCAAGUUUUGUAGCAGGGAUUGCUAUCUUCUCGGUUUUGGGUUUUAUGUCCUAUGAACAAGGACUGCCAAUAUCUGAAGUGGCUGCUUCUGGACCUGGCUUGGCUUUUAUCGCCUAUCCACGUGCAGUAGCUAUGAUGCCAUUUCCUCAGUUAUGGGCCAUAUGUUUCUUCAUCAUGGUCAUCUUGCUGGGUGCAGAUACACAGUUUGUGAGUUUGGAGUGCCUGAUGACCUCAGUGACAGACAUGUUUCCCACUGUGUUUCGAAGAGCCUAUCGUCGAGAACUGCUGCUGCUCUUUCUCUGUUCUGUUUGCUUCUUUCUCGGCCUCCUUCUUGUCACAGAGGGAGGCCUGUACUUCCUUCAACUCUUUGACCAUUAUGUUUGCAGUGGAAACAAUCUUCUACUUCUUUCAGUUUGUCAGUCAGUAGCGAUUGGAUGGAUUUAUGGAGCAGAUCAGCUCUACGACAACAUUGAAGACAUGAUAGGUUAUCGUCCAUGGCCACUCAUGAAGUAUUGCUGGCUUUACAUCACCCCCACUGUUUGUCUGGGUACCUUCAUCUUUUCAAUUGUGAAAUACAAACCUCUCAAGUUCAACAAAACCUACGUCUACCCGACUUGGGCUUAUGCUUUGGGCUGGUCUCUUGGACUGUUCUGUGUUCUACUGGUUCCACUGUGGAUGAUCUUUAAGAUAACUCAGAUGAAAGGGACGGUGGGGCAGAACCUCAGGCAACUUUGUCGCCCUGAAAACAAGACACACAGCACAGCAAAGCAACCUGAGCAGUACCCUUUGAACCCGGAGAACACACUUGGUCCUGCUGCCAAUGAAUACAAGGCAAAUGGGGGAGCUGAGAUGGAGAUGCAAAUGUGAGAUACUUUGAUAAUGUCUUAAAUGUUACGCUUGUACCUUAAACUUAACAAGUUUUACAAGCUACAUAAUGAUAAGCAAUAUAUUUAGAAGACUUCCAGGUCCAGUAGUUUACCAUAUCAAGUCUGCGUCCAAGACAAUAAGCAGUGAGUCUUGUCUUAUGGUUGAAUGUCUCUGCUCUUCAGCUACAUAGAACACAUACCGUAUUGGAGCUUAUGAAGUUUUGAAUUUACAGUUAAAGCAAAUUUUUAAUGUUUAUGGUUAAGAUGAUUCAUGUGUCCAUGUUUCAGUGUGCCCCCUUCAUAGCCUCAUUUAUUCACCAUAGGUAAAGAAUAAAAUAUCUCUGCAUGCUUACGAUGGACCUAAAAGCAAUGAAAGUUGUGAUGAUGUAGCAUUGUUAAGUAUGUCAAUGUAAGUUGCAGUAUUUGAUGACAGAGAUUUUAGCUAGAGGUUGUGAAAUACAGUUACUGACAAGGGCAAACAAGCUGCGGAGCCUCUGCAGAUUUUCAGAGGGAGAAACAGGCUUCAAGUUCAGAAACAAUGCAAAUUCUUACAUUCAUGCAACAAUCCCCCCCAAAAAAUAGGACAACAGGAAUGCGCCAAAAUUACUUAAAGCUACAAUAAUAACAAUUUGGUUUGGUGCUCUUUGGCGCCCACCAUAAGUAUCUGAGUGCAACUGCACCGUCAUAAGUCACACAUAGGGCACUACUCCUUUCCUUUAGACAAUGUGCAUUUGUUUACACAUAUACUGCGUGAAGCCGGCAAAGACUUUGCGAGAAGUUAAAACAACAUUGGAAAGGUUCAGAAAUAUUACCAGAUUUUGCGCAAUUGUGUCUCUGGAAGUGUCUGCAGCCCGCUGGUUUUAAACUGUUUUUAAGCUACAUGUGGAGUAUGUGUACAUGUAUUCAACUGUUGUGGCUAAAUGGCUACAUUGGAGAGAUUAACUCAUUAUGCUAGUGGAGAUAAGUUUGUAAGCCUCCAGACUUUAAAGCUAACUUGAAGAUUGACAGGAAAGAGACAACUCUUUGGCAUAAGAUGGGCUUUUUUGUAUGCAAACCUGAGGCAUAACUCCUGGUAGAGCUGCUCAACACGACACCGGCAAAGAAACUGCCUAAAUGUAACGUUGAAAUCUGUUAUGAAUUAUAUCUGCAAGGAUGUACACUCUGCUUCUUGCUUGAUGCUCGUGACAAAAUUCUUAAAAAAUUCCUAGAAUCAUGAAAAAGUUUUUAAGAAUCUGCCCUCAAGCCUCUUAGCCGUCAAAAUAGCUCAUAAGGUGUCAAGCUAAGUUAGGAGCUCUCUGAUUUGAUCUGUUGUGAUUGGAGGCAGCACCACACACGUGUUUGUCCACCUUCAGUACAAAAACACUAGAUGGCAUACUAUUAGCAAGGGGGAAACUGAAAUUCACAGAGCAGAGAAUUCAAUCUUUAGCAGAUGCAAUGUGGACAGCCAGCAUGCGAUCAUGCGCGACGCCACAUAUAACGCUCGCGUGCUGUGACCUGGAUGUGACACGGUGUGAGAGGAUUCUCCGAAUGUUUGUGAAUACAGGCCAUGAAAAUUUGUCAACUGUCAACGAAAUGCACUGACUUUUAGACACUCCCUUUCUCUGACAAUGAAAAAAUGAAACUGAUCAUUUAGACAUCAACAGCAGCGGAUACAUAAUCAAUUUAUACAUACAUUUUCGGGUUCUGUUAGCAAUUUGUGUUAUAUAUUUUGUAAUACAGAAAAGUUCAUUUGAUUCUGUAUUUUCUUUAUUAUAUUCAAAUCCUACAAAUGUAUUUCAAAACAGUGGGAAGCAUAAGUCAGAGUGUGCUACAAUGGUAGGCUAAAUAUUGCUUUGUUUAGUUGAUCUUUGCAAAAGAGAAACAAGCACUCCGGACAAAGUCUUAUUUCCUGUUUUUUGCAGAUGGAGAUCUAAAGCCACAUAUCUUACCUUUAGGCCAACUAGAAAAACAUUCAGCAGUUAAAAUCAUUUAUCUUUAAAUUGUUUCAAAUUAUCUGUAAUAGGAUAGAUGUUUUCUUCUUUUUUUCAAAAGAAGCUGCUUAAAACUGAGUAAAAUGGAAAAUUUAAUGCAGACAACAAAUGUACUAUUUUCAAUUGAGAACUUCUUUUUCAUCUUAUAAAGAAUAUUUUAUAAUUGCAUUUAUUUUAUUUUUUUAAAACAUUGACUUAGUGACCUUUGAGCAUAAUUGAACAAUUUUGUCUACAACUUGGCUCUGGCAGUUUGGGAAGCCCUUCUUUCUUUAUGCCGCUGACUUUCUACACAGAGGUUGGAUUAAAUAUGUUUAAGCCUAUUUCUUUUUCUGUUCUGUGUUAAAGUUUUAAAUUUUGUCCAGCAUAUUUAUUCCACUUUAUUAGGCGUUAAUGUGUUCAUUUCAAUCUAACAGAUUUUGAUGCUAAGCUACCAAUUGCAUACCCACAACUGGAUAUUUGUUUUUGUUUUUCUUAUACAGUAUUUUCACUGAUGUUCAGACAGUCACAUUAAAUACAAUUUUCUUUAACAUUCCAAAUGAUAGCAAUGUUCAACCUUUGUACUGCUUAAUGUCCAGUAUACUCAAGCUUUUGAGUUAUUUUCCCUUGAAAGUUGCCCUUUCAAGCCUCAUUCUCUUCUUCUCAGGAGCAAAGACUGCUGAGGCACAUGGGUAAUGUAGUACUUACAGCAUUGAACUGGCAUAAAACAAUCUCAUGAUUAAGUUGAACUACUUACAACCAAUAGCCUAAGCCCUUUAAUUUGACCAAUGAGGAAGUUACUAUAUUUUCUGACAUAUGAUGUAUUAUGCAAAGUCUCAAAUGUUUUGACUACAUUGAAGCUGAUGUAUGAAACAUGUUCUGAUUUUUCAUUGUUCUUCUAGUUUCACUGUUUGUCUUUGACAGCAUGCAUGAGUUACUUUUAUUGAGUUAUCUUUGGAUAUAACAUUUGAUGCUGUUGACACCACAGGCCAAUCACAGAGAUGCACUUUUUCAGGCUACUUAAUGUAGACUUUGUAUAAGCAAUGCAAAACUUGUAUUUUUCUUAAAUUGUAUCCAUGCUACGAGAGAUCAAUAAAAUUUUGUGUCAUAUUUUGAUGA